AUUAUUCUGUAAAUUGUUGAGCCUUAAUUGACUCAAUAGCUUAGUUAUUAUACGUGGCUGACCAGAACAAACAACACCGACAGAUACUUUCACAAAGGAGAGUUCUUCAUAGAUCUUCAUCAUUCCCACUACAUCUUCAUCAUCUUUCUAAUUGAUUCCAAUGUCAGGAAGUUCUUCAUCAUUCCCGGUGUCUACUUCUCCCACUAGGUAUGAUGUGUUUCUCAGCUUCAGAGGGGAAGACACACGUUACAACUUCAUUAGUCACCUUUUUGCAGCGCUGCAGAAAAAUCACAUCCAAGCAUAUAUUGAUGACAGACUACAAAGGGGCGAAGAAAUUUCACCUGCACUAAAUACUGCAAUAGAAGAAUCAAAGAUAUAUGUUCUGAUCUUCUCCGAAAACUAUGCAUCUUCGACGUGGUGUUUGAAUGAACUGACUAAGAUACUGGAUUGCAAGAAGAGAUAUGGAAGGGAUGUGAUACCCGUUUUCUACAAGGUGGAUCCAGCAACUGUCAGGAAACAGGAAAAGAGAUACAAAGAAGCAUUCGAAGAGCAUGAACAGCGGUUUAAGGAAGACAUGGACAAAGUGCAAGGAUGGAAGAAUGCUCUAACUGAAGCUGCUGGACUCGCCGGCCGGGAUUCAAACGUUAUCAGGUCAGAAAACACACUUGUUGAAGGAAUUGUGGAAGAUAUUUUGAAAAAAUUGAAUCUUUAUUCCAUUAGUUAUGAUGAAGGAAUUAUUGGCAUUGAAAAACAUAUUGAAAGAAUUCGAUUCUUGAUGCAUUUUGAGUCAUCAGAUAUUCGGAUCAUAGGAAUUUGUGGCAUGGGAGGAAUAGGAAAAACUACAAUUUCUCAACAAAUACAUCACAUAUUGGCAAUGCAAUUUGAUUCCAGAAGCCUUGUUUUAGACACUCAAAAAAAAAUAGAAAGAGAUGGAAUAGACACUGUCAGAGAAAAAUAUAUGUCUGAGCUUCUAAAUGAAGUACCAUCCCCUAGUUUAUACUACAGUGAAAGACUCAAACGAAUGAGGAAUCUCAUAAUUCUUGAUGAUGUUACUGAUUCGGUUCAACUUAAACAAUUGUUAAGAAGGCGUGAUAGUUUUGGACAAGGCAGUAGAAUCAUUAUAACCAGUAGAGACAAACAAGUGUUAAAGAAUGCUGGAGCUGAUGACAUCUACGAAGUUAAGGAGUUGAAUGAUCUUGAUUCUCUAAAACUUUUUAUUUUACAUGCUUUUAAACAAAACUCUUCACACGAAGCAACGUACAAGGACUUGACAGAAGAGGUGUUGAGAUAUGCAAAAGGAAUUCCAUUAGUUCUCCAAAUUUUGGGCUCAUUACUUUAUGGCAGAACAAGAGAAGCAUGGGAAAGUCAGUUACAAAAGUUGAAAAAAUGCCAAGAUCUUAAUAUUUUUAUUGUGUUAAAAUUAAGUUAUGAUGGGCUUGAUGAGGAGCAAAAGAAUAUAUUUCUUGACAUCGCUUGCUUUUAUAGGGGACACGAGGAGAGUGUGGUAGUAGAAAGACUAGAUGACUGUGGUUUUUCUUCUAAGAUUGAAAUGGAUAUUCUCAAAGACAGAGGUCUAAUAUCUAUCGUUGAUGGUAGAAUUGAAAUGCACGAUCUAAUACAAGAAAUGGGUCAAGAAAUUGUUCGUAAAGAGUGUCCUCAAUAUCCUGGAAAACGUAGUCGAUUGUGGAAGGCUGACGAAAUUAACGAGGUUUUGAAAAAGAACAAGGGGUCAGAUGCAAUUCAAGGUAUCUUACUAGAUUUGACGAAAAUAAAAGAAGUUAUAGUACAUGGACAAGCUUUACGAAAGAUGGAUAAUCUAAGGAUGCUUAUACUCUAUGAUUGUUAUGAUUGUUUUGAUUAUGUGCUUCCACUCAAAUUCAAAGUGUCCCCUGCUUCAUCUCUUGUAAUUCUACCAGACACUUUAAAGAUUCUUUAUUGGAAAGGUUUCCCUCAACGAUCUUUACCACCCAACUUUUGCCCAGAAAAUCUAGUGAGACUCGAAAUGCCAGACUGCCAUCUUGAACAACUUUGGGAAGAAGAUCAGAGUUUACCGAAGUUGAAAAGGCUCAACCUGGAUCAUUCUAAGAAACUUACAAGAAUACCAGACCUUUCCCUGUCACCAAAUAUUGAAGAAAUAAUUCUCAAUAAUUGUCCAAAGUUGAUUAAAGUUCACUCUUCCAUAUUACUCACCAAGCUCAGUUAUUUAGGUUUAGAUAGAUGUCAUGAUCUCAAUAGUGUAACUGUUCCUAGCAAUAUUCUAUCCAGAUCACCAGGAUCCAUUAAUCUUUCCAGGUGUUCGAAUCUUGAAAUAUUUUCAACCAGUCAAACCCAAACAUCUUAUUCUCCACCAUCGUCAUCAUUAAUCGCUCCAAUAUUCCCUCGCGUCAAACUGGCGCGUCAAUUGCAAACUGGAUUUUCCUUACUGGAUUGCUUGCCUGGACCUGAAAAUAUCAUAAGAUCCUAUUACGGAAGCAUUUUCUCCAUUACUUUUGACCGAUAUUGGGAAGCAGAUGAAGAAAAACAAGUGACUAAUAAUAAUAUAUACGCAUAUGAGGAAAUGCCGAUACCACUCACUGGAUAUGAGCCCUUAAACUUUGGAAUUUUGAAGAAGCUCUGUUUCAUAGAUCUCACAAACUGUUCUGACCUUACAAUAUUUCUAUCUGACCUUUCUGAGAUGAAAUUCCUAAAGAAACUUUGUCUCCGUGGUUGCUCAAAAUUGCAAAAUUUCCCCGAGAUUGAGGACACGAUGGAAAAUUUGGCGGUUCUAAUCUUAGACGACACAGCCAUACAGGCACUGCCUUCAUCCUUGUGGCGUUUGGUAGGGCUUGAACAACUGAGUUUGCGAGAUUGCAAGAAUCUUGAGAUUAUUCCAUCUUCCAUUGGAAGCCUCACCAGACUAUGCAAAUUAGACCUUACCUACUGUAAAUCACUUCAAACUUUUCCAAGUACCAUUUUCAAUUUGAAGUUGAGGAAACUUGAUUUGUGUGGUUGCUUAAAGUUGAAGACCUUCCCAGAGAUCACGGAGCAGGCACAAACUUUUGCUCACAUAAACUUAACAGAAACGGCUAUCAAAGAUCUGCCUUCCUCAUUUGGCAAUUUGAUUAAUCUUCGAUCCCUGCAGCUCAACAAAUGCAGGGAUCUCGAAUCACUCCCAAACUCUAUUGUUAAUCUAAAGCAUCUCUGUAAACUUGAUUGUUCGGGAUGUGCCAAAUUAACAGAAAUCCCAACACACAUUGGUAGCCUGUCGUCAUUAAUGGAACUGUCACUGAGUGAGAGUGGAAUCGUGAACCUUCCGGAAAGCAUUGCUAAUCUUACAAGCUUGAAAUCACUUGAUUUGAGUAGCUGCAAAAAUCUUGAAUGCAUCCCAAAGAUUCCAACGUUUCUAAAACAACUGGUGGCAUUGGAUUGCCCAUCCAUUAGACAAGUGAGGUCAAAUUCUCUUGUUCAAAACCUCUCAAAUUCCAAAGAGAGUUUCUUCAAUUUUCAUUUGACCAAUGCUCAACAACUGGAUUCGGGUGCUCGUGCUAACAUUGAGGAGGAUGCAAGGCUUAGGAUGAGCAACGAUGCAUAUAGGUCUGUGUUUUUCUGUUUUUCAGGGAGUGCAAUUCCUCAUUGGUUUCGUUUUCGUGGCAAGGGACGUUCAGUGACUAUAAAUGAAGAUUUAAGCUUCUGCAACGAUGAUAGGGUCAUUGGUUUCGCUUUGUGUGUUGUUUUUGGACUGUUAGAUACGAAUGAUAUUGAAGCUAGACGUGGUUAUUUUAGUUACAGCCUAAAAUUUGAAUCUGAUGACGGUGGCACACACAUUAUUCCAAAUAAUGAUUUGUUAAAAAGCUAUUUCAAAUGGAAUGGUGAAGAGAGACCUAUUGAUCAAGAUCACACAUUCAUGUGGAAAUUUAACUUGGAGUCCCUAAAGACGAGCAGCAUGAGCCUUAGACUCUGUGAUGCUAGCAGCUUCACUUUUGAGAUCAAUCCGCUUGAUUUUGACUUUCGGUGGCCAAAUUACGACUCAGUUGUGGGAGAGUUCAAAUCAGUUGUCACAAUAAAAGAAUGCGGCAUAUGCCCUCUUUAUAGAAGCGGAAGCAAUGUUACAGAGUCUUGAAGGGAAACAAAGGAAGAUAGGAAGAGGAAGGCAGAAAGCUACUUAGUGUUCUGCUAAUUGAUCUUCCGUUGGUGAGUGUGGCUUAUAACCAAUACUUAUUAAUUACAAAAUUUCAAAACGUUAAACUUUUAUUAUGAAUUUCUCAUUUUUAAUUUAUUUUGUUUUUAUUUACAUUUUUAAUGGCAUUUUACAGGUGGGUUCGUUCAGACAAGAUUUGUAAGUUAUUGUUAGAUAUAGUUUGAUUUGUAAGUUAUUGUUAGAUAUAGUUUGAUUUGGACGUAAGUUGAGUUGCUCCGUUGUCCCAAAGUUACAUUUUCUUGAAACUCUUCAUUUUAAUUUCUUUAGCAUAUUUUGGCUUUCAUUUGCAGCGAAGGCAUUAUGAAAUCUUGAGGAGCUGCAUUUGCAAGGGUAAUUCGUAAAUGGGAAAAUGUUUCUGCCAAUUGAAUAUCAUAUCAUUGUAUUUGGAUUGUGCAUGGAGCUGUAAAACCAUAAAAUUGUUUAUUGGUUAACUUGGAUGACUGAAGAUGAUAAGAAGUUAUUUGUUGUUGUUCUUCGUUUAUUCACUUUGAGACACCUUGUUUCAUUUGAGCAGUGACUUAUAAAAGCUACUAGAGUGUGAUGGUUAAUUCUUUAUAAUUGUAGUUAGACAGUAAAGUCGAAGACAGUUUAUUUGAAUUUAUAAUUAUUUGGAUA